GCGCGGGGGUGGGGGGCACGUGUGAAGGCGGGCCAAGGAGCCAGGCAGGAUUUCCCCCCCCCACAGCUGGCGGGGAGGGGGGACAGCUGCGGAUACCCCCCAUUUCCCUCUCUUCUCCCCCAAAGCUGCUCCGGGGGGCCCGGCCCUGUCGCCCCCCCCAGGAAGCUGGCACGAGGGGGGGCUGGCUGAGGAAGCCACCCCACUGUUCUGCCCCUGCAGCGGGCGGCUGAGGACACACACCCUUCGGCUGGCCGAGCAUUGAGAUACGUGAGCCCCCCCCCCACUCCCCGUGCUUUAGGGCAAAAGGACAGGCACAGCCCAGCCUCGGCGCGCUCCGCUGUCACCGAAACGAUGGGCUGGGGAGGAGCCCCAGACCCACCAGCCACGAGCAGCCCCACACCGCAGCGUACCGGGGUGUGGGGACCGGCGGGGAGUUCGGCCAGUAAAUGGAAGGAGCCUUCCCGCUAACGUGGGGAGGGGGGCGGCUCCUUGGCGGAAUCAGGAGCAGCUGCCGCUGUUUGCUGGGGGUUUCCUGGGGAACCUGCUAUUGGAAGGCGGCUGGAGCGAGUUCCCAGGGGGGGAAGCAACAGCCGGAGCCAGGGGCCGCCCCAUUCCUGCUGCAGUCCUGCCCUCGGGGGGCGGGAGGGGCGGGGUGGUGAAGCGGAGAGGCAUUAGAUCCGCCUCUCUCAUUGAUGAAAUUUAAAUUCUUGUGCGUUUACCUUUAACCAGUUUGUCCAAGACUAAGAGCCAGCUAUUCCAGGGGACAAGUGUAGGAAGGAGCUGGGAGGAACCGAGCGGAGGAAAAAUCUCCCCCAGUUCCUUCAUUAUUUUUCUUUUUGCGUGUGUGGGCGGCUUCUCUGGUGGGAUUUUUCUUCCCCCAAGGGAGUGAUUAAAUACCCUUUAAAAUUAUUGAUACUAUAUAACUGGUUGACUAAACCAGACAGGGAAACGUCUUCUACUACACAAGGGGGCGACAAGGGGAAAAUUGCCUCGCCUGGCGUUUAUAGUGUAGUUUUGGUACAUUCUCUAUUUAUAAAAGGAAAAUAUUUAUUUUAUUAAAGAACGGGAAAAUGUCACUUGCACAAGAUUAUAGAAAAGCAAUGUCUCAAGCUGGCACGUCCCAGUUUCAAGAAGUCAUUCGACAAGAACUGGAAUAUUUAAUGAAAGUUGAACUUGAGAAAAUACUUGCAACUGCACCUCAGAAUGAGCUAGAGCACACUAAAAAAGACCUUGAAGGGUUUAAGAAGCUAUUCCACAGAUUCUUGCAAGAAAAGGGACCUUCUGUGAACUGGGAGAAAAUUCAGAGACCUCCAGAAGACUCUAUUCAGCCCUAUGAGAAGAUAAGGGCCAGGGGGUUGCCUGUUAACAUCACCUCAGUCUUGAACAAACUGGUUGUAGUGAAACUAAAUGGUGGCUUGGGCACUAGCAUGGGCUGUAAAGGCCCAAAAAGUCUUAUCGGCGUGCGGAAUGAAAACACCUUCUUGGACCUGACAGUUCAGCAGAUUGAGCAUCUAAACAAAACCUACAACACAGAUGUUCCUCUUGUUCUAAUGAACUCCUUUAACACUGAUGAGGACACAAAGAAAAUCUUGCAGAAGUACAGCCACAGUCGUGUGAAAAUAUAUACUUUUAAUCAAAGCAGGUAUCCUAGAAUUAAUAAAGAGUCUCUACUGCCAAUAGCCAAGGACGUAUCUUAUUCAGGAGAGAAUACUGAGGCGUGGUAUCCCCCAGGUCACGGCGAUAUCUACUCCAGUUUCUAUAACUCUGGUCUGCUUGACACACUUAUAGGAGAGGGGAAAGAGUACAUUUUUGUGUCCAAUAUAGAUAACUUGGGAGCAACUGUGGAUCUUUACAUUCUUAACCAUCUUAUGAAUCCACCAAAUGGAAAACGUUGUGAAUUUGUCAUGGAGGUCACAAAUAAAACCCGGGCAGAUGUUAAGGGUGGUACACUCACGCAAUAUGAUAACAAACUGAGACUGGUAGAAAUAGCUCAGGUUCCAAAAGCACAUGUUGAUGAAUUCAAGUCUGUGUCAAAAUUCAAAAUAUUCAAUACAAACAACUUGUGGAUUUCUUUGCCUGCCAUUAAACGACUGCAAGAGCAAAACGCUAUUGAUAUGGAGAUCAUCGUUAAUCCAAAGACUUUGGAUGGAGGUUUAAAUGUUAUUCAGCUGGAGACGGCAGUUGGUGCUGCUGUUAAAAGUUUUGAGAAUUCUUUGGGGAUAAAUGUACCUCGUAGUCGUUUUCUGCCUGUCAAGACCACAUCAGAUCUCUUGCUUGUGAUGUCCAACUUGUAUAGCCUUAAUGCUGGAUCCUUAACUAUGAGUGAGAAACGUGAAUUUCCAACUGUACCUCUGGUCAAACUGGGAAGCUCUUUCACCAAGGUUCAAGAUUACCUGAGUAGGUUUGAAAGUAUACCAGAUAUGCUCGAACUGGAUCAUCUCACGGUUUCGGGUGAUGUUACAUUUGGCAAGAACGUUGCAUUAAAGGGAACAGUUAUCAUCAUUGCAAAUCACGGUGACCGGAUUGACAUCCCGCCUGGAGCAGUAUUAGAGAACAAAAUUGUAUCUGGCAAUCUUAGGAUCCUGGACCACUGAGUCAAUGUUCAGUUUGUAGAUCCUGUUAAAACAACCUUAUGAUGGAAGAACCUGUAGACAUUAAAAUAAGUGGCACACAAGGCCUACGUUUUGUCACCUACUCACUGUACCCUGCAGUAUUAAUUGUAAAUAGCUUUCUGUGCUUCUUUUUAACUGAACACAGUGCAAAUGCUUUCGUCUUUUCGAGGAGUCUGUAACUCAGUUAAUAUAACCUUAAAGUGCAAUACUGUUGGUCUUGAGACAAGAUGGACAGAACUUCUCUAUAAGAAGUUAAGAGGUUUGCCUCUGAUAGUCAAUAGUUUAUUUUUGCAGUUACAAGCAAUUCAGAAGCUGUGAAGCAACAGAUGGCUAGCUCCUUCAUGUAAUUUUUUUUAUGAAGUGUAAAUGACAGGUAUGAUGAUUAAAUGUUUCUCUACUGCUACUAAGUGAAAUAGAACGUUAGAAAUUCUGUUUGUGUUCACAAAUCAUACUUCACUUACGUGGUGUGAAGUGACUAGGUUAAUAGUUAAGCUAUACUAUCAUAUCACAAAUGUAUUCCUAACAAACACUGAGGUAAGGUUGUCAUUAUGAUCUUGUGCUCAAGCUAGAAUAAAGUGUUCUAAAUUUACCCAAAGAAUCUAAUAUUUUUUUAAAAUGCAUCUCAUGUAUGUUUUCUGUUGCAUCCUUAAUCUGCCCCCUUUGCAGUAAAAUCACAUGUUGACUGUACUUAUGCUAAUGUUGUUCAAUCAUGGUGUCCUAAAUAAGGAUCAGUUCCCUGUCCUGAUGUUCAUUCUUUCAAUUCUAUAGUAUUUACCUGUAAAACUUAUUUUUUAUGUUUAGCAUAAGACUGAUAUGUAUCAUUAAAAAAGUUGGUCUUUAAAAACAA